AUGUGGAGGAUGAAUAAGAUAGCCGUGGCUUUCAACGAAGCAGCACGGCUCUGCGAGACCAGUGGUAGCGAACACUCUCCGGAGGACUCGACCGAGUCCGACCUGUCGGAUCUCGUGAAUUCGUUCUUCGAGAGUGGUGGGGGUUUUGAGGUCGAAAUCGAUGAAACGGCGACGUUUUGUCGAGAGCGAGACGUCUCCGAUGGUUAUUGGCUGGAUUCCGAGACGAAAAGUAUGUUGCUGGGUUUGCUGCAAUACGACCAAGAGGACGAUGUGAAGCAAAUGGUUAAGAAAGAGACAGAACAUGCAUGUGAGAUGUCGAUAGGGUACGGUUUAUCCGAUGAUUUCAAGCGUCGGUUGAUGUCUCAUCUGCGCGACAAGGGCUUUGACGCUGGUUUGUGCAAAUCCCGGUGGGACAAACUAGGACGAAAUCUACUCUCGGGAGCCUAUGAGUACGUAGAUGUGUAUACCAAUGGAACUCGGUACAUUGUGGAAGUAAAUCUCGUGGCUCAUUUCGAAAUAGCUCGACCGACAACUAGUUACGCCUCGUUACUCGAACUUAUCCCACCGAUCUUCGUCUGUAAACCCAAAGAGCUGAAGCAGGUCGUGAAACUAAUGUGCAAAGCAAUGAAGGAAUCCAUGAAAGCGGAGGACAUGCACUUGCCGCCGUGGCGGCGGAGCGGCUACAUGCAGUCCAAGUGGUUCGGUCUUUACAAGCGUACCGUCAAUGAUGUUCCGAUUCGGCCGACGAUUUCGUUCCACUGCAGGGAUAAUUUUGCUGGCGACGAUGGGUUGAAAGUUGGGUAUUUAGCUGCUGCCUUGGAAGGCAGUAACAAGGAUUAA